AUGGCUCCCCCAUCGGCCCCCUUAGUCACCGUGGACAUUGCAGCAGGAGUGGCGACGUUGACGCUCAGCUCCCCUCCUGUCAACGCCCUGCAGCCCACAUUGCUGGAAAGCCUGUUUGUGCAGCUUCGCAAGGCGCAAAGCAACCCGGAUGUGAAGGCCAUUCUGCUGACGGGAGCAGGAGGCAAGAUCGCCGGCAUUCCCAUGUGCCUGUUGCUACUGUUUUGCGCCGGCUUUGAUUUUACACUGUUUGGCACGCCCGUCAUGGAGAGACUGUUUGCGGAGCGGCAGGAGGUGCUGGCACAGUUCACGGCGCUGCUUGAGAACGGCGUGAAACCCACGGUGGCCGCCAUCGAGGGCGCGCAGGUGGGGCUGCCCGAGGUGCGCCUGGGCCUGCUGCCGGGCCUGGGCGGCACCCAGCGGCUGCCGCGCCUGGUGGGCGUGGAGCAGGCGCUCAACCUGAUGCUCAGCGGUCAGCCCAUCUCUUCAGAGGAUGCCCAGGCGGUGGGGCUGGUGGAUGAGGUGGUGCCUGCGGCAGAGCUGCUGCCGGCGGCGCGGCGCUUGGCGCUGGAGCUGGCGGCGGGCAAGGCGGCGCGGCGGUGCACGCUGCAGCUGACCACCCACAUGCAGUCCACAGGCGAGGAGUUUGAGUCAUCUGUCAGCAUGUUAAUGACUGCCAAGGCCAAUGUCAGCAAACGGUUUGCAGGGCAGCAGCACUUCGUGUAUUUGCUGGAGGCGGUGGCUGCCGGGCUGGCCUCCGGACCGGCCGUGGGCCUGCAAAAGGAGGGCGAGGGCUUCCGUGCCGCCGCCAGCUCCCUCCUGCACCGCAUGAUGCUCCACAUGUUCAAGCUGGACCGGUGGCUGAAGAAAGCGCGGGGCCCCGUCUGGGUGCUAGGCCAGGUAUGCGGCAUGCUGGCCCUGCUGGUGCUGGUGGUGUAUGUGAAGCUGCUGGUGCCGUACAGCUUUGCGGUACGGUUGCGCAGCAGCUUCAAGAAGGGCUUCUCCCAGGGGUACAAGGCAAAGAAGGGCGACAAAAUGGACGAGGAUGAUGCGGCGGCUGCAGCAGCCCCCGCUAGCGGCAGCGGCAGGCAGGAACCGGCGCGGCGACGGAAGGGCAAGUGA